GAGGAUAGUAGCGCUGUGUUCAUUCACACUCGCGUUCUGGCGACGAGGAUGCGCAUCCACAGAAACUCCGUUCACGCGGGCCGCGAUGCGACCGAGCUGCCGCCGCGGGGCUCAAUCUGCAUUAGAUCCGAAUCUGGAGCGCCUAACCCCGUUGCUUUGUGAUCAACAGUGACUUUUCCUGCUUGAAAUGGCUGUGCGCAGUAACACAUUGAUGCCGUUCUCCAUUCAAGCCAUUCUGAACCGAAAAGAGGAGUCUCGACAUUUGAACGAUCUGGAUGUUUGUUUCUCAAAACGCGCGUGCUGGAAAAUCUUCGGUGAAAUGGAUGGACCGGACAGGAGCGAGGAGAGAGAGCACAAGAACUACGACUCGGACUCCGGGAUGAGCGAGGACAACGACAGUAAAGCGCGAAUCGACGCAAAGCCCGAAAAAGACGCAGAUUUAGCGGACGAAACGGAUCCGGAAUCCACGGCGGCGGAGCACUGCAAAGGCCUGGACUGCGUGUCCGACUGUAACGCCGGCGAGGAGAAGAGCAGCGAUCAGCCCAAGCAGCGGAAGAAGCGCUCCCGCGCCGCGUUCUCGCACGCGCAGGUGUUCGAGCUCGAGCGGCGCUUCAAUCAUCAGCGCUAUCUGUCGGGACCGGAGCGCGCGGACCUCGCCGCCUCUCUCAAACUCACCGAGACGCAGGUCAAGAUCUGGUUCCAGAACCGACGGUACAAAACCAAGCGACGCCAGAUGGCCGCCGAUCUGCUGGCCUCGGCCCCGGCGGCGAAGAAAGUGGCCGUGAAGGUUCUGGUGCGCGACGACCGGAGGCAGUACAGCCCCGGAGAACUGCUGCGACCGCCGCUGCUCUCCUAUUACUACCCGUACACGUACUGCCUGCCCUCCUGGAGCCUGUCCUCCUCCUGCACCGGACACCAGUGACACCGGGACUCACGCGUAUUUAUUCUACAGACAGUCGUUUACUGAGGAGCCAACACCGGGAGAUUUAUUCGCAGCACCGGCUCCGAGUUUGUUCUCUUCCCAGGACUAUAUCUGUUUGACUCCCUUUAUUAGGAUUUCAUUUCAGAAUGUAUGGAAAAUGUGUCGGGUUUUAGCAAAACGUUCUCUCUUCUGGUUGGAAAACAGCACUUGAUGUCGUUACUGCGCGUUCGGUAACGGUAAGACCGGCACUUUCCCCACAGUACAAAAUAUUAAAAUCAGAGAAAGAUACUGUUUUUUUUGUUGGACUCGAUAAGUGAGCCGUGAGAUCUCAACGUUUACUCCACAUGUAUGUUUUCAUAUUAGUGUAACGUGUUUUGUUUAAUGAAAAAGAAAUCAAACAUUAAAACAUAUGAAGCAUAAUUUCAGUCGUGUUUCUCGCAUUUUAUGAGAUCUGUCAUAGAAGCAUGAACUUAAUGUCCCGUGACACGAGCCCACUGGAGGCUCUGAAUUCAGUGUAAGUCUGACACAGAGUCACAGAAACCCUCUAGAAGCUCGGGUUCUGAGGGAGAACCGUCCCGUUUUUCCAUAUGUUCGUGUUAUUACACGCAAUCCGCCGCGGAAUUCUCCUUUAAUAUUUCAGGUCAGCAUAAAAAGCUUCUCUUCGUUAUUAAAGCCUCGUUGAUAUUUAUUGAAGACAAAAAAAGCUUCGGACUAAUUACUGAAAUUCGUGUCAGCAAACAAUAAACAGACUAAAAUAAUAAUAAAAUCAACAGACUAUAAUCAAACCAUCACCUAUAUAUGUUCAGUAAUACUAAUUAUGAUAAUACUAAUAAAUGUACCGGGUUUAUGAUUUAAUGUUAUUUUGUAUCGCGUUUCAAACGCUUUGAUUUAUGCGCUCAGAACAAGGCCUCGCGAGACUCUCAAUACCGCUGGCUAUAAUUACACAGCUAAAUAUUUGUGUAGCUAUAUAAAUGCAUGAAUUACAUUUCAAUAAAAAUAUUAUAUAUGUGUAUAUACAUUUCGCUUCGUUGAUUUAUUAUUCUGACAUUAGUUUAUAAUAACCUCUCUUAUGCAAUGUAACACGCCCAGUAUCAAUAAUA